AUGAUACUCACGGCAGAACACGAAUUAGAAGAUAAUGAUAUUAUACCGGAAGAUGUUAAGGGAAAAAUGAGAGUCGGCGUUGGUAAAGCUAAAAUGUUAUUAAAAAAAAAAUUUAGACUUUUCGAAGAGCUUUGUAGUAAAAAUUUGGGUAAUAAUUCUGGUAUAAGAUACCCGGUAACGACAGAAGAUUUAGCAGGAUUUUGGGAUACAAUACUCAUACAAUUAAUACAAAUCUAUAAAAUAUUCGAAGAAGUUGAAAAUUGUAGGAAAAAUAAUUGGGAAGUAAGUUAA